UAGAGGAAGAAGCCGAAUAAACACCACUACCAUAGGAUACCAGGGCUAACAGCUAGCUAGCUAAUAUUUACGAAGUAGGACGUAGCUAAGGAGGUUUUUCCGCUUGUGUCUCCAAGGUCCUGAGCUGUUGGACACCGUCAGCUCACGCUACGGAAAACGCACCGCGGUAGCCACAUGAACUGAGUAACGUUAGCUAUGGAGAAAAGGUUCAGUCAGUGGAAGAAGCAGUGUCUGAACAAGCUGGACCUGAGUAAGAAGGGCAGCGUGGAUGAGGAUAUUGCACAUGUAGUGUCUCUGCUCAACAGCUUUGAGGAGUUCUUCACCACCAGCUCCUGCUCCGGGAGAAUCAUUCUCAUCGACGGGGCUCCAGACAGCAGUGAUGUUCACAAACAGAAUUGUGUUUGGCUGUUUGUCUCACACCAGAAAUGCAAAUCUGAUGACCUGAUAUCUGCUCUGGCAAACUCCAGUGGAGAAGCAGUGUUAAAAUUUGAGCCCUUUGUGCUCCAUGUUCAGUGUAGGCGGCUGGAAGAUGCACAGCUGAUGCACUCUGUGGCCAUCAACUCAGGCUUCAGGAACUCUGGUCUCACUGUCGGCAAGACAGGAAAAAUCAUCACGGCAGUCCGUAGCACCCACGGCCUGGAGGUUCCUCUAAGCCACGCAGGAAAGCUCCUGGUUGAUCAUGAAUACAUCCACUUCCUGACUCAGAUAGCCAAUCAGAAGAUGGAGGAGAACCUCAGACGGAUCCACAGGUUCCACCAGAAUCUGCAGUCUGCCCUGCCAACAGAGAAACUACACAAAUUACAAAUGUCAGAUCCUCCUGUCUCACAGGAACCACAGGAAGUCCCUUACAGAGCGGAGACAGAAAAGGGGGAGACAAACAAAACAAGUGUGUAUAAACGAAGGCGAAAGAGAGAACAGCACCAUCAGACUUACUGUUGCCAUGGUGACGGGCCCAGCAUCGUGCCAGAGUUGGAUGACUGUCUGGAUCUAUUCACAUGAAGGAGUGACUCUGUGAAGAUGCUGACAUGCUCCUGUCAUCACUGACUAGAUAAUAAUGUCACUCUUUUCUGAAUGAUUAUCAGUUUUAUUUGAGAGAGCUGUAUCACAAAGAUGAUCACUAUGGUAACCUAAACCACACUGCUACCCUGCUUUGGAUCUGCUUUAAGUGAAUAGAUCAGUUUAAAAUGAGUGAACAGCUUGCUGGAGUGAUGGAUUUACCAAUUUUGCACGGCUCCAACAUGGACAGAAGAACUGCAUUUACAAUAAAAUGAUAAACGAGAAA